AUGCUGGACGAAUAUGAGACCCCACCGCUGGACCUGCUGCCGGUUGAAGAUCAGGGUUCUCAAUUGGCACGCGCCAGAGAUGAAUGGGACCGUCUUAUGCUGGCAACGCCUCAGAACGGCGACUUGUGGAGAGUGAUUCCACGUCCUUUCUGGGAAAAGGUGUGUUCUACGCAAGCGCUGUCGUUGCAAGAGUUGGCUCUGCUUGUUGGCAAGAUCGACUUGGCCCUGCUUGUGGAUGAAAACGGCGCCAUGUACCCUGAAGAAGAGAGUAUGCCAUGCCUAGCGGUUCUGCCUGAGCUUUUCCAUAGCUUGGGCCAGACGUUUGGGAUAAAUGGCAACCCGGUAGCGAGAAAUAUGCUUGUGGACGAGUCUGGCGUUUCUCUUGAACGCAUGCCUCCGUUUUUCAUUCUCCAUGUUCUCUCGAAAGAAACUACCGUUUCGCCCAGAUCAAGAUACAACUUACAGCAUAGUCGCAUGGCGUUUAGCUUAUCGCUGGCCAGCACGUUUCAACAGUUGCACGAUGCCGUGCGGUCCCAUGUUUACAAGAACCCCAGGGCCGUGGCGCCUCUUCGGUUGUGGUUCAUUGAAAAUGAACCUGCGAAAGAUAUGCCUUCGCUGAUUCCUGUUAGCAGCUUUAUAGAUGCUGUGGGCCGCAAGAGCAUCGUCACGCCGAACUUGUAUGGCUCCACGCUCCGCAGCCAGGGCAUUGAAUCGUCAAGACUCCACUUGAUCGUGGAACCUGCUGACCGUAAGACUUUCUUGGUCGAUGCGUACUUGGCAAGCCACAUGGAUGUGCUCGAUUAUGAUGCUAUAACCAGCUCUGGUGGUCACUGUGGUCUUUCCAACUUGGGAAAUACCUGCUACAUGAAUUCGGCUCUUCAGUGCCUCACCCAUAUCCCAGAACUCAACUACUACUUCUUCUUCGAUUUAUACCAGAAGGAGUUGAACACCAAUAAUCCUUUGGGUUACAAGGGUGAUGUCGCUGUUGCUUUCUCCAGUCUAUUGCAUAAGCUCUACGGCUCUGGCAGUCCGUCGGCUGUUACUCCACGUGAGUUUAAGUACACUGUGGGACGCCACUCUUCCAUUUUCCAUGGUUUUCAACAACAGGACUCCCAGGAAUUCGUAAGUUGGCUUUUGGAUGCCCUCCACGAGGAUCUUAAUAGAAUUCAGCAAAAGCCAUAUUGCGAGAAACCGGAACUCAAGGAUGAGGAUGUCAAUAUUCCCGAGGCUAUCAGGGAAUUGGCUGUUACUUGUUGGGACCAGUACAAGAAACGUAAUGAUUCUGUCAUCGUGGACUUGUUCACCGGUAUGUACCAGUCCACAUUGGUCUGUCCCACGUGUAACAAGGAGUCCAUGACCUUUGAUCCCUUCAACGACUUGACUCUUCCUUUGCCUGUGAACAAAAAAUGGUACCAUGAGCUCAUAAUCGUCGACCUCUCUGGUGACCACGCUGCCUCCGGAAGACAGCCACUCUCGAAAUUGGAAGUCGAACUCAACAAGUCCUCGAAUUUCGAUGAUUUAAUCAACUACAUCAGCAACUUCUUGCGUGUUCCAACAGAGCACCUAUUCUUGUUUGAGCUCUUCUCAAACUUCUUUUACAGGGAUUUUCAAGAAAACAGCGCAGCGUCAAAGUUCUAUCCCAUCAAUGAGCUCAUUUCUGACAACGAUGUCAUUGUUGCUUACAUCAUUCCACAUAAUCCAGCAACUGACAUCAUUGUUCCAUUGCUCAACACUGUCCGUGAUGAGGACUCCUCCUACGAUAUGGCAGAGCCCUUCGGUAUUCCCCUUUUCGUCACGUUGAAUAAGGAAUCCGAUGUCUUUAGUUUCGGUACAAUCAGAGAGAAGCUUGAACAAACUGUCAAACAUCUUACCAAUGCAGACAUGGAAGCCAGCUACAAAGAAAUCAAGGGCGACUCGAACGGAUCCCGCUUUAAAGCAGACAGCUUUCCAUUGCUCCAAAAGGAAGAACUGGGUGAUUUGGAAAUGGCUGAACCUGAUACAGAACAAACACCGGCACUCAAAGACGAAGAUUACGAUUCGGAUAUCUCUUUAGCACAUCCAGAGGUGGGUGCAGACUUUGGCUUCGCGAUCAAGUAUUACGAAGAAGAUGGGUCUCGUCAUGCUCCAACUCGUGGACCUAGAAGGUACCAGCCAGGCAUGAGAAUGCGUUACCAGCUGUUGCUUCUGGAGGACAAGGACCCCAACAGACGUCCACUCAACAUACCACAAGGCAGGCCAUCAUUCUUGAAGUUACCGUUGUUGGCUGAUAAGCUUCCUGACUUGAAGCGGAAGUACUAUCAUUAUCCAACCUACGCCGCAGAGGUUCAAAGAAACGAAAAGUUGAAUAACGAAGCUAACGAAGAAGAAGAGGUCAAGCAGGAACCAGAGCAUGUCUCGAUUUUGCAUAACAGGGCUGAGGAGGUAGCUGAAGACAGCGACGCCAAUAUCAGAACACAACUGGAUGAAGACGAAGAAAGUGAUUCUAAUUAUGAUGAAAUGUUACCGCUUGGACAUGCUGACUCUCUCAGGCCACCAACUCUUCCACCUAUUCCUUCAAGCGAAUCUGAUCAAGAAGUGCAAAGUGAUAUCGCUAGUCCUGGCCAUGAAGAAAAGCCAGAACAAGUGAUAAAGAAUGAUAAAGUGAAGCCUCUUCUCGUGGAUUCCAAGACGACGCUUGUUUGCGAGUGGGAUUCACAGGUGUUUGACCGUUUCUUUAAGGAUCGUGAUCAACAGGCUUGGGAGGAAUUACCUUUUAUUGCCAACCCAGUAUUGGAGGAUAACAAGCGAAAGUUGGCGUUGCAACAAAAGUCCACAGUGUCGCUUUAUGACUGUCUACGGAACUUUAGCACUCCCGAGGUGCUAGGAGAACAAGACUUGUGGUAUUGUCCACGCUGUAAAGAUCAUAAGCGUGCGACGAAAACUAUUCAGAUCUGGUCGACAGGCGAUAUCUUGACCAUUCAUUUGAAGAGGUUUUCUUCGGCUAGAGCUUUUAGUGACAAAAUUAACAUGGUGGUUGACUUCCCUAUUGAAGGUUUGGAAAUGAACGAAUUUGCUCAGGCUGGUACUACUGAGCCGCUCAUCUACGACUUGGUUGCAGUUGAUAAUCACUACGGUGGUUUGGGAGGCGGUCAUUACACCGCUUACGCUAAGAACUUCAGAGAUCAGAAGUGGUACUACUUCAACGAUAGCGGAGUCAAUGAAGUCAAAGACCCCAGGGAAUGUAUCAAGGGUGCCGCUUAUCUUUUAUUCUAUAAGAAGAGAAAGCCCACAGCAUUUGCUGGAGGCCAUUCUGUUGAGCAGCUUUUGAGAGAGGGCCGUCAAUCGUUUGAGCUGAAAUUGCAAAACCUAAAGGAACAGCUGCUUGCGGUAAGUCAGCAAGUACAGCUCUUUGAACAGGCCCGAGAUGAUAUAAUGCAGCGUGCUGAAGCGGAAAGACGGGCUGCCGAACAGAACAACCAUCAAAAUGACGAGGAACAGGUAAUAACCUCUGGUUCGGACGAAGACGACCUUUACGCAGACUCCAAUUCCAGUGGCAUGAAAAAAGUAAGGCCAACGUUGGUGCAGCCAGCCAAUACUGAUUUUGAAAACCUGCGAAAGCAGCGGUUGCUCUCUAGAGGCGCUGAUCUGCCUCGGUCUGUGAACAUCAACCAUGAAUAUUCUUCGUCAGUGUCCAAUGUUGCAAGUCCAGCUGGAUCUGGUGGAGAGGUUGAAUCACCAACAAAAGAUCCCACCACGUCAUAA